GAGAGCGUGACGACUAUUCCUCCAAUGAGAGACGGGGAUGUUGUGAGGCCCGUUUUUGCACCUUCUCAGUUUGUUAAGAGCGUGAGGACGGCCUGAAGCCUGAGCUAAAGGACAUCUGUGAUGGAGGCACGAAAAAAUGAAAAGAAUGAAGCCAGAGGUAAGGGAGGAAGCAAAGGCUCACAGGGUGACAGACCAGAGAUUAUCUCUCAAGUAGAAAGGAUACCGAAUGUCAGUGCCCUGCCCAAAGCAGUGAAGAGGAGAGUGUACGCUCUGAAGAGACUGCAGGUCCAGAGCGCUCAUAUAGAGGCCAAGUUCUAUGAGGAAGUCCAUGAGCUGGAGAGGAAAUAUGCCGGUCUCUACCAGCCCAUCUUUGUCAAGAGGCGGGCAGUGGUGUCUGGAGCAGUGGAACCCACAGAUGAAGAAUGCGAGUGGCACAGUGAAGGCGAGGAGGAAGAGCUGUCUGAGGAUAUGAAGAAGAAGGCUGCUCUGGAAGAGAAGAAAGAAGAUUCAGCCACUGCUGAAGACCCUAAAGGCAUCCCAGAGUUCUGGCUCACCAUCUUCAAACAUGUGGACAUGCUGGGGGAAAUGCUACAGGAGUAUGAUGAGCCCAUCCUGAAACACUUGCAGGACAUCACGGUGAAAUUCUCUCCCCCAGGAGAGCCAAUGAGCUUCACUUUGGAGUUCCAUUUCGAGCCCAACAGCUACUUCAGCAAUACCAUCCUCACUAAAACAUACAAGAUGAAAUCAGAGCCAGAUUCAGCUGACCCUUUCUCAUUUGAGGGGCCAGAAAUAGUGGACUGUGAGGGCUGCAAGAUAGACUGGCAGAAAGGCAAGGACGUAACUGUGAAAACUAUUAAGAAAAAGCAGAAGCACAAAGGUAGAGGAACAGUGAGGACCAUCACCAAGGAAGUGCCGCAGGAUUCCUUCUUUAAUUUCUUUAACCCUGUCAAAGCAUCUCCAGAUGGAAUGGAUGAGGACCUAGACUUCACUCUUGCCACAGAUUUUGAGAUUGGUCAUUUUUUCAGAGAGCGGAUCAUCCCCAGAGCAGUGCUGUAUUUCACAGGAGAGGCUUUGGAAGAUGAUGAAAGCUUCGAAGAGGAGGAUGUUGAAGAAGGCGAAGAGGAGGACCUUGAUGAGGAGGGUGAAGAGGAAGAUGACGGCGAAAUUGACCCCACAGCAUGAAUCAUUUACACUUCCAUGCAUUCCUAGAAACAGCCUCAGCCAGCAGAGUGUAAGCAGCAGUAAGAACAGAGAUGGCCCCGGAGUGAUCUCGUCCCCUGCUGGACCUGCCAUAUAUCCUCCAAACAAUGCAAUAGAAAUCCAAACACCAUGUAGGAAAUGCAUGAUCAUUUAUGUUUACGUCACACAGAGGUUACCUCUGUGUACAAAAUAGAGCAUUCAGAAAAAUAUGAGUGACUACAUACAACAGUUCUGCACUUCACCCUUUUUGAUCUAAAGCAUCUUUUGUAAGCUCUUAUGUAUUUGACUGGAAGUUUGUGCAAAGAGGUUAUUGUGUGUGUUUUCCCUCCCCAGUAUAUUUAUCUUUUCUCUGUUCUUUGUCACUGUUCCAUGGUUGGUGACAUUGCAGAAUCCUGAAUAUAUCCCUGACGGUUCUCACACUGUAGGUCACUCAGGGUUUUGUUGUUUGUUUGUUUUUUUUUUUUAAAAAACACACCAGUACAGUAGUUCCUGACGAGAUGAAACUGCUGUUAAGUAACUUAUAAUGAAACCUUUCUCUCUGUUACAGCACAGUUAAGUCAGUGUUAAUUUUGGGAAAUCUUCAUGUCUAUCCUCAUGUAGCUGGAUGAAAUGGAGUACUGUAACUGAAAGUAGCUAGGAUUUGCCUUUAAGGCUGAGAUCAGUGCCAACAGAGCAGAGCAAUCACUUGCAUUAGAGAGCUGUGUUGAUACCAGUGGGUACUAUUAUAAACUCAGCGUAUGUGUUUUAACACACUGAUUUCUGUUGAUCUUAGCCCUGCUAACCAGAACAAGCAUCACUCAUGCGCUGACUCUUCUACCAUAAGUCUGAUUUUCAAUGUCCAAUGGCCAAUAAGGUUUUUUUUUUUUUCUUAAUAAUUUCUGAUUUAGCACUGUUUAUUCUUUUAUAUUUGCUUUAAACAUAAGACUUAAGGUUGCCAAUGCAUAGUAUUUGCUACUCAGAGUGAUGGGAUUUGUAACAUUUUUCUUAAUUUUGUUUGAUCAAGCAGGUGAAUGUUAGCCUCAUGGCUUUCUUUUGCACAUCCUACCAUGUUAGACCUCACUGAAAAAAAGAUGUGGAAAAUACAAAGUGCUGAUCACUCAUGUUAGACAACACUGACAUUAAACAAGAAGCACUUUGGUCUGGAUUUUCAACCAGGUUUCUUUUGUUCUGUGAUCAUAACAUUCAUGCAUAGAAUCUUUUUUUUUAUGUAGCUCUUGCUUGAGAAAGGGCAGAUCUUAAAACCACUGCCCAAGUAUUAACCAUAUGCUAGCAAUGGCCUUACUGGGAUUGUCUUGGGUUUUAAUGCAAUAUUGUUUUCAAUUUGUAUAAAAUAGUCAAGAGAAUUCUAUUAAACAUUGUGUAAUGUGA